AUGAACACUAAUAACAGUUCAUUGCAUAAUCCAAAUUCUACUGGUGUCCCAGAAAUGGGAGCAGCUAUGCCAUAUCAAUAUAUGACACCAGAACAAUGGCAAUUUCAACAGCAACAACAGCAACAACAAAUGGUUCAACAGCAACAGCUAGCUCAGCAACAACAACAGCAACAGAUGGCUCAACAACAACAACAGCAGCAACAGCAACAGCAACUAGCACAACAGCAACAAAUUGCUCAACAGCAGCAACAGAUGAAUCAACCUUAUUAUUAUUACUAUUAUCCACAGGCUCAGGCACCUGCUGCUGGACCUGGUCAAAUAGCGAAAUAUCCAUAUAUGGCACCUGUACCCAAUGGUCCUACUCCACAACAACCACAACAACCUCCACUAUAUAUGUAUGCUCAAGAUCCACAUGAAUUACAAGCACAAAUGGGUUACUCAAUGAAUCCUAUGAUUGCUAGUCAAAAGACUUUCCCUAUGCAGGCUCCUGUAGGUUAUGCUCCAAAUGGGAUGGUACCUAUGAUGGAGGCUUAUCCAUAUCCUUAUCAUGCUAAACAAUAUGCCAAACCUAGAAUGAUCACUACUAUGUGGGAAGAUGAAAAGACUCUUUGUUACCAAGUAGAAGCUAAUGGAGUAUCUGUUGUUCGUAGAGCGGACAAUGAUAUGAUUAAUGGUACAAAAUUAUUAAAUGUUACUAAGAUGACUCGUGGUAGAAGAGAUGGUAUAUUAAGAGGUGAAAAAGUAAGAAAUGUUGUUAAGAUUGGUUCGAUGCACUUAAAAGGUGUUUGGAUACCUUUUGAAAGAGCUUACUUAAUUGCUCAAAAGGAAAAAAUUGUGGAUUUAUUAUAUCCACUAUUUGUUAAAGAUAUAAAAGCUUUCUUGAAACAAAGUUCUAUGGCAGAUGGUUCUCAAAUAGAGAUCAGUUCACAACAAGUCUCUCAAGAUGUAACACCUGCAUUAGCAAAUAGCUAUACUGCUUCACCUGUAGCUGAAGUGUCGGUACAACCAAUCCAAUCUCCAACACAGUUAGCACAAUUACCUUUGCAACCACCUUUGACACAAGCGCAAUAUACUCCACAAUUACCUGUAGCAACGUCUAUUGAUACACCUCCACCUCCACCUUCACAUCCAUUACCAGCAUCGGUAGUACCAGCAUCUGGUAUGACGACUACCAAUGUUUCACCAAGUGAUGUCAAGGAUAACUCUACAGAACCUUCCACAAAGGAGGCAUCAAUUAACCAUUCUCCCUCUUCAAGUUCACAUAUAAAACAGAUCAGUAUAACAAGUCUCGUUGGAGGUAGAAAUAAGGAGACAACAACGGAAGGAAAUCUAUCAGAAGAAAAGGAAUCAAUUGCACAAUCAAAUACUACACCUGUAAGUACUCUUCGAGAUAAGAGUCCUUCAAUUGCAUCAAUGGUUACUUCAGAUAGUGUACCUGCCAAGUCAAUUAGUCCUGUUAGUGGACCAAAGGAAAAUAUUAUUGAAAAAAUAGAAAAAACGAAAUUACCAUCAUUGGUAGAAAGUGUAGUUUCCAAUGAACCUACUCCUUCCACAACUGAUAAGGUCACUGAAGAGAGUAAAUCAAGUACUAUACCCCGUAAAGAACAUGGAAGUUCACCUGUAGCAAGUAUUUUAAAUUGA